GGACUCAGAGUUGAAGGCUCCUCUCCUUACCGAGCAGCUCUGCGCACCGCCCUGAGAGAGAGCCCGGCGCAACUUUCUUCCCCUCUUCUUUCUUUCUUCUCUCAUUUUCCCUCUGCUGGGUAGUGGCUGCGGCGGGUGGGGGAGACUUUGAAUGACCCAGCUCACGUCUAUCUUUCUCUUCAUGUCGACGUCCCUGGAAAUAGUCAUACGGAUGCCAUGGUUACUUCUGCCACGAUCUUACAGGUGAACAAGGUGAUGUCCAUCUUGUUUUAUGUGAUAUUUCUCGCUUAUCUCCGUGGCAUCCAAGGUAACAACAUGGAUCAAAGGAAUUUGCCGGAAGACUCACUCAACUCCCUGAUUAUUAAGCUGAUCCAGGCAGAUAUUUUGAAAAACAAGCUCUCCAAGCAGAUGGUGGAUGUUAAAGAAAAUUACCAGAACGUCCUGCCGAAAGCAGAGGCAGCCCGAGAGUCAGAGCAGGGAGAACCUGCCAGGUCAGAAUUCCAGCCAAUGAUUGCGACAGACACCGAACUGCUGCGACAACAGAGACGCUACAGUUCCCCCCGAGUCCUGCUAAGCGACAGUACCCCCUUGGAGCCUCCUCCCUUGUAUCUCAUGGAGGAUUACGUGGGCAACCCCGUGGUGGCCAACAGAACGUCACGGCGGAAACGGUAUGCAGAGCAUAAGAGUCACCGAGGGGAGUACUCGGUGUGUGACAGUGAGAGUCUGUGGGUGACCGACAAGUCGUCGGCCAUUGACAUUCGGGGACACCAGGUCACGGUGCUGGGGGAGAUCAAAACCGGCAACUCUCCCGUCAAACAAUAUUUUUAUGAAACGAGAUGUAAAGAAGCCAGGCCAGUCAAAAACGGUUGCAGGGGGAUCGAUGACAAACACUGGAACUCUCAGUGCAAAACGUCCCAAACCUACGUCCGAGCACUGACUUCAGAAAACAACAAACUCGUAGGCUGGCGCUGGAUACGAAUAGACACUUCCUGUGUGUGUGCCUUGUCGAGAAAAAUCGGAAGAACAUGAAUUGGCAUCUCUCCCCAUAUAUAAAUUAUUACUUUAAAUUAUAUGAUAUGCAUGUAGCAUAUAAAUGUUUAUAUUGUUUUUAUAUAUUAUAAGUUGACCUUUAUUUAUUAAACUUCAGCAACCCUACAGUAUAUAAGCUUUUUUCUCAAUAAAGUCAGUGUGCUUGCCUCCCCCCAGGCCUCUCCCAUCUGUUAAUCUUGUUUUGUGAUCUGGCUCUCAGGAGCCUUUCUGUAAAAUCUGUGUACACCAGUACUUUGCAUUCAGUAUUGUCAAGGCCAUGACUGUCGCUUUAGUAAACUUGUUAAAAUCA